AUGUGUAAAUGUGGUCUUGACAAUUGCAAGUGUUUUGAACAUCAUCAUUGCCUACUAUUUAUUUUUUUCCUUAACGAUAGUAACAUUCAAAAAGUUUCUUAGAUUCUCCCAAACAUAUUCAAAUUACAUAUGAAAAAGAAACCAAUAUUUUCAAUGAAUACACUAAAAAAUUAUAAAGUGUUUUAGGUACAUGGUAAGGAAUUUUAACAGUUUAUUGAUAUCGAACUCUUGUACCAGAGCAUAAAUUUGGAAGGAAAGUUAUGUUAAGUGUUUAUUUUUUUGGAUAAAUAAAAUUUUGAGGAAGGAUUUUCUAAAAGCCAUUUCAUCACCCAAAAGUCAAGUUUACAAAUUACAACAUUAAUAAUUUUUGAUAAAAACUAAUACAGCUUAUCGCAAAUGAAAUCCUUUAAUGUGUUAUUUCAAUCAAUUAUUGUUUUAUCCUAAGGAUUAAAUAUAUAUGAAUAAAUUUUGAAGAUAAGUGAUUCAUUUGCAAGCAAGUUAUCAAAAUUGUUAGAGUUACCCACCUUUUAAGUUCCUCACGAUUAGAAUUCCGUAGUUAGAUUUCAAUAAUCAAUAAUAAAUUUUAAUCUUAAAGUUUAAGAAAGAAAGUUAACAUCUUUAGAAUAAAUAGAAAAAUUGAUAAGCUAUCUUGAAAUGAGUAGACUAAAUUUGUUUUAUGUUUCCUAAACUGAUAAAGAAUACUCUUAGGUAAUAAAAAUGAAAUUUGAGAUUUAAGUUUUGAAAAUCUUAAGUGAAUUUACUGAAGUUAUAUUAAACAAUAUCGAAGAGCUAAUGAAAAAUAAUUUACAACUCAUGGUGCAAUGUAAAAAUUGUUAUUCUUUUGGAUAUUUAUCGUAAAAUAUAGAACCUAUAUAUAUUAAUACAUAAUCAAAUUCACAAUGUGAAUGUCCAAGCUCUUUUUAAAUUUUGGAUGAAAAAUAAAAUCUUAUUUCGUAAUGCAAUUACAAAGAUAUGGAAUUAUCAAUGUAAUUAUUACGAAAAAAAUUCAGUAUAUUAUAUCUACUACCAAAAAUUUAACAAAUUCCAUAAAUUCAAAAUAUGUAGAGUCAAGAAGAAACUAAAUUGAAAUUAGAUGAAUAUCUUAAAAAGGUUAAAGAAAAUUUGGUAGUCAUACAAACUAGAAGAAAAACUAAUGAAACUGUUAAAUUGCAAAUAGUGGCUUAAAAGUUAACCUUAUCUUUCGAAAGAGACAAAUUAAUAAAAGAGAUUAAAUAAAUAGAAUAAUAAAUAUAAUAAUAUGAGCAAUAAUCAAAAAAAAUCCUGUUUGAUCAAAAUACUUACAAUGAAAAAAUAAAAGCCUUAGAAAAUAAUAUCCUAAUACUUGCGAAUCCAAAAAUAAAAUGA